AUGGCCACCAACCCAACAAACAUGGCCCUCUUCCCACCUACCACCGAUGCCGGCAACAAUGGCAUCUUGCAGAACAUCGUUUGGCAGGGCCGCAACGUGCCAGCUUACGGUACCAUCGACCAAGCCACGGGACAAUUCUUGGUCCACCACAUUCCAGCAGACACCGACUUCGAGCUGUGCGAGCCAGACGGGGUUAUCAUCGGCACGGUCGACUCGGUGAAGAAUGACAGACUGCUCCAAUUGCUGUCAAAGGAUCCAGACACCCAGUUCGGCAUCGUCGCCAAGAUAGCCGCCGCACAUGGCAAUGGAGUGCUAUCACAAGCUAGCCUUGCGGCUCGUGUCGGACAAGCAUUUAUAUGGAUGAAGGAUCAGCUUGGUCUGCCGGAUGUGGCGCACGUCAGGGUGAUGUUUAACAUCGCGCGUAGGAAGAAUGGCUGCAACCCGGCGGGAGGUCUAGCGACUCGGAUAACCUGGGUCAACGAGGGUCUGAAUGAUUGA